CACUACUAUAUAACAAAUAAUUUGAGGAAUUUAUGGAGGAUAAAGAAUACCAAUGCCUUGAGAAGAAGUUCCAUUUGCUGCAGGAGAAGCAUCUUCGUGAACUUUGCUCAGAAACCGAUGUACCAUACGGUAGUGCAGCAGUGAUUUGCAAAGCUAUCGUAGACAAGAUGGGAAGUAUUGAAGAAACAGAGAAGAUUUUACAGACAUUCCAGAGCACAAACGAAAUAGAGUUAAUAACAUCAGCUUAUUUUGACGCUGAAGAUCUGGAGAAGACAGGCCUGCCCAUUCCAACAAAUUUCUUGAACAUUCCAGAAUUCUAUGUGCCAGGCCAAAGUAUUGAGUGUAAUAUUCAGAUUGAAGAGGAGUUUGCGACCAAUGUGACUAGACGAGACUGGAUCGGCUUGUUUGAAGUUGGGUGGAAGUAUUUGCACAGUUACAUUACUUUCGAGUGGGUUGCUGUUCCUGAGGUUGUGGAAGCAAAGAAUGUCAUGGUCGUUAAAUUCAACUCUCGAACCCUACCUACAAAGCCAAAGGAUGAGGCUCACGUGUUCUGCUACGUGACCCGUACUGGAGAUGUGUUGGGAGUCAGUCCUCCUUUUCACUUUAAGAACCCUGGAAUCUCCUUCACCGACCCAGACACAUUCCUGAUCGAGGAUGACAUGCUGACGAGCAUCAACCAGAUUUCAAUUGACAUGCCAUCGAUGAGUGCCCCAAGUUUACGCCCUGAAGAGUCUCUAAACUCUAAACUAGAAGAUUCUCUAAACUCACCCGUCAUCUGUCCUACUUUUCAAGACAUUGACUCUGCUCAGGAGUCUCUGAUUAAAGAAAAGGAGCAGCUCUCAAUUCAGAUACAAAGUCUGGAAUCAACUCUUGAGGAUUCUAGGAAAACACUCGAUGAAAAAGAUAGUACAAUAGCAAGUCUCAAAGCUGAAGUAGAAGCUAAACUACAGCAACAGGAGACAGUAGAGAACGAGAAUUUCGAGAAUUUGCGGGAAUUGGAACGAAAACUAACGGCCGAGCAGAUCAAAAGUCAGAAUUUGAGGUCGUUGAACGCAAAUCUGGAGGAAAAGAUAGCAGAAUAUGCUGAUCAAAUCUCAAAGCAUGAGCUGGUUAUCCAGCAAAAUAGGCAACAGCUGAGUGAUUCAGAAAACGUGGUACUUAAUCUCCAGCAAGAAAUCUUCCAAAAAUCGGAGAAUCCCGAUGAUCAGCUUUUGGCGAGGUACCAAAAUCUAAACACUGAGAAAUGUGGCCUUGAGACGGCAUUGGAUGAAAUGAGUAAACAAAAAUCACAGAUCGAAACAUUGAAGAACAACUGCGAAGAAGAAAUUAAUAAACUUAAGGUUCUCGUUAAAAGUAAGGAUGACGUCAUAAAUAAGCUGGUGCUCAACAAGAGGGAGACUGAUGGAAAUGUUGUAGUUCUGCAGUCCGAGGCAAACAAACAGAAAGAUGAAGCGAAACGUCUGUUAAACGAGCUGAACGCUUGUAUUAAACAGCUCAAGGAAAGUGAAGCUGAGUUGUAUUCCAGUCAAAAGAAACAAAGGCAGCUUGAAUCUGAUAUCACGGAGCUGUCUAUUGUCAGAAACGAGACUAAAACUCUUCACGAAAAGGUGGUUCGAUUAGAAGAGAAGAACAAGGAAUUAGAAUCAGUGAGAAUCAGUCUGAAUGACAGCGAGAUUGCUACGGGAACUGUGCUGAGUUUGAGGGCUAGAAUAGCUCAUCUUGAACAUCUGAGUAGUCAGUACGAGUCUCAGUUGAUAGAUGCACAAAUAUCCAUGACCGAGAGUGUCGGUAAUGUAGUUUCCGCCGAGAUUGCAGGAGAUAUACAUCGUCUCAAAGCAGAGUUGGAGACUAGAGACAAACAAAUGGAAGAAGUGCGAAGACGAGCUGAGGAAAUUGAAAUAAAUUUCAGAGAGGGAAUAAAAGAUCUUCGAGGACAGCUAGUGAAGAAAACUUUGGAGCUGGAGCAAAAGAAUGAGUUGUUAGCUGAUAAAGGAGAGAUCAUUGACGGAAUGAGGGCAGAGUGCCAGGAGAGGCGGGAGAACGAACGGUACACCAAACACAGGAUCGCUCAGCUAGACAAGAAGCUUGCGGAGGAAGCAGAGAGCUACCACCAGAUUAUAGCACAUCUUCAGAGCCAGUUAUCUGGUUACACAAACGCUCACAUUCAGUUCGACAGACACGGUCUGGUUAAGUGUCCGUUUUGUCCUGCUGCGUACGAGAGAUCAAUGCAGCAGCAAAUGGAGCAGCAUAUCAUUGCCAAGCACCCUUUCUAAAUCAACACGGAAAACCGCGCAGCUCCAAUUCCAGAUUCACCGAGCAACAUAGCAUCAUAUUGUAGCAGUAAAACUCUUAUUCCUAAAACACGGCAAAUGUUUAUUAUAAUUGCGUUGUUCCACACGAAAUGUGAUUUUGAGGCGGUUAAAGUUCAUUUUCUGAAGUUGAAGGUGGGAAAGAUUCAAAAGCGAUGUCUUAAUUUUGUGUGGUUCAUUUUUAAUUGUGUUGUUCCUUUUGUGCCGCAACGUUUGUAAACUCUCCAAACUGACAAGCUGCUAAGCGUUAAAUUUAGUUUACGGUUUUUUGAAGAUGAGAAAAUGAUUGCACAAGUUUUUAGUUUUUGUUUUUAAUAAGUUAUAAUCAAUUGUUUUUGUUUUCCUUAAGAAACUGCAUGCUGUCACUUUCACAUUGCUACAAUUAUCAUAGUGCUUUUAUUAAGUUUUAUCAAUAAAGCGAAAUGCGAUGGCGCUUAAAAUGUAGAUACUGUGAUAUCGUUGAAUAACUUAAAUGUCCUAAAGAAAUUUCUUCUUGAAGUUUGAGAUUAAGUGACAAUUGACUCUUUGCGACAUUAAUUACGAGUUAAUUGUCGCAUCGAAAAAUGAAAAUUUUUAAUCUUGUUUUAAAGACACAAGCAGAAGUAACCUCACAUAGAAUCUGUUUUGUGAUCAAUGAGGAUUAGGUUUAAAUACCCAACACAAUUUGUAACUUUUGCGGGUGUCCCAAAAUUCAAUUCCAAAUCAGAUUGUUUUUAGCGAAAAUGUUUUGAUUUUUGUC